GGGUGUUUUUCCUUAUUUGGCACACAGAGGGACAUCCAACUCCAAGUGCUGCAAACAAAAUUUACCCUUGUGUGCAACAAACAAGUAAAAGUGGUGGGGUGAGUUUCACGUGCUCAUCUUGUGGGGCUCUUCCCCAAAAUGAUACCAGCCUAUUUUAGAUAGAUCGUAGGCACAUCUCAGGUUUUUAAAAGACAAUUCAAACCCUCCACUUGUGGUGUAGUGUGGUGAGACUUCACUUUAUUUUUUUUCCAAUUCCCUUCACUCCUAAACUUUUUUUUAGGAGGGAAGGGAGGGGCAAUGGAGAUGCACACACAACCUCAUAAGAAACACCAUUUUGGUGUACAACAUUGUUGUCUUAUUAGCCUCUUCAUCUUCACCUUCUUCACUACUACAACCACCCAAGCUUUUGAUUAUGCUGAUGCCCUUUCAAAGAGUCUUCUCUACUUUGAAGCACAACGCUCUGGGAGGAUACCUUACAAUCAGCGUGUCACUUGGCGUGACCAUUCUGGCCUCACUGAUGGCCUAGAAGAAGGGGUGGACUUGGUGGGAGGAUACUAUGAUGCAGGGGAUCAUGUGAAAUUUGGUUUACCAAUGGCAUUCACCAUCACAAUGCUCUCAUGGAGUGCCAUAGAGUAUAGGCAACAAAUUGAAGAUGCAGGUGAACUAGAACACACAAUGGAGGCAAUCAAAUGGGGCACUGAUUAUUUCAUCAAAGCUCACACUAGCCCAAAUGUCCUAUGGGCUGAGGUGGGUGAUGGUGACACUGACCAUUAUUGUUGGCAACGGCCAGAGGACAUGACAACUUCACGGCGAGCAUUUAAGAUAGACGAGAAUAACCCUGGUUCAGAUCUGGCCGGAGAGACUGCAGCAGCCAUGGCAGCUGCUUCCAUUCUGUUCAGGAAAACAAACCCACAUUACUCUCACUUGCUUCUACAUCAUGCCCUGCAGUUGUUUGAGUUCGGGGACAAGUAUAGGGGAAAUUAUGAUGCUAGUGUCGGAGUGGUAAAGAGCUACUAUGCGUCGGUGAGUGGAUACAUGGAUGAGUUGCUGUGGGCUGCCACGUGGCUGUACAAGGCCACCGACAACAAAAUGUAUCUUCAGUACGUUAUUUCCAAUGCUCAUACCUUUGGUGGGACUGGUUGGUCCAUUUCAGAAUUCAUCUGGGAUGUUAAGUAUGCUGGCCUUCAACUCAUGGUCUCUAAGUUAUUAAGCGAAGAAAAACACAAGAAGCAUAGGGAUAUACUUGAACAAUACAAAUCAAAAGCAGAGUACUAUAUUUGUUCAUGUCUCAACAAAAACAAUGAUAGCAAUAACGUGGAACGUACCCCAGCUGGAUUAAUCUAUGUCCGGCAGUGGAACAACAUGCAGUACGUUUCAACAGCAGCAUUUUUGCUCUCAAUAUACUCUGAUUUCCUUCAAAGCACAAAUCAAAAGCUCAAUUGCCAUGGGGGCACAGUGGACCAUGAAGAAAUUCUUAAUUUUGCUAAGUCACAGGCUGAUUACAUUUUGGGGUCCAACCCAAUGAACAUGAGCUAUUUAGUUGGGUAUGGCCCUAACUACCCUAAAAGGGUGCACCAUAGAGGGGCAUCCAUUGUGUCAUACAAAAAGAAUAAAGGGUUCAUAGGGUGCACUCAAGGGUAUGAUAAUUGGUAUGGUAGCCAGGCACCUAAUCCUAAUGUUCUGGUUGGGGCUUUGGUUGGAGGGCCUGAUGGGAAAGACAAUUUUGAGGACAGAAGGAACAAUUUUAUGCAGACUGAGGCGUGCACAUAUAAUACUGCCCCAUUAGUUGGUGUUUUUGCAAAGUUCUUGCAUAUAGAAAACCAAAAACUGGUUCAUGAUUGUAAUUCACAUUUGGUUGCCUCCUUCAAAUGAUAUAGUCCUUCAAAUAAUAUAGUGAAUUAAUACAGUAUAUGUUUCUCAUAAGCCAAAAGCCAAGUAUUUUUCAAUAGUUUUUUUUAUGUCCUUGGUGAGUGAUUUAUGGUUUGGCUGAAAUUUUCUGGCCUCAAAUGUACUACUUCAAAUAUAAACAAAUAUAUCCAUUCAGAUUAAUGAUAUCAA